AUGUCGAGUAUCUCUGGAUACAGGAGGCUGUAUUCGUCCUUAUCGAAGUCUAAAUUGGGCAAUAUACUCAAUGGAUCCGGCAAGAAGUCACUUUUUGUCAAAAAGCCAGUAAAAGAUGUACAUCCAAAAUACCCCGUAAGGACCAGAUUCGCGCCUUCUCCUACAGGGUUUUUACACAUGGGAUCACUAAGAACAGCAUUGUACAACUAUUUGCUUGCAAAGAACACUGGUGGUGAAUUUCUCUUAAGAUUAGAAGAUACCGACCAAAAAAGACUUGUACCAGGAGCAGAAGAAAGUUUAUAUGAUACUUUAAAAUGGUGCAAUAUUGAGUAUGAUGAGGGUCCUGGUAUCAAUGAAAUUCAUGGACCUUAUAGACAGAGUGAUAGAACAGAAAUCUAUCAAAAAUACAUCAACAUCCUAUUGGAAAAGGGCCAUGCCUAUCGCUGUUUUUGUCCCAAAGAACGUCUCGAUACGUUGAGAAGCUCCGCAAGAAGAUUGCAGCCACCAACUACAGUAAGUUAUGAUCGUCAUUGCUACAAAAUGUCACAAGAGGAUAUUGCAAAACAUUUGGAUGCAAAUGUGCCAUUUACUGUAAGAUUCAAGUCUCCGCAGAAAUAUCCGCCGUUCGAGGAUCUUCUACAUGGUAAGCUUGAUAUGCAACCACAAGUAAAUGUCAUGGAUGUACGAUAUGAUGAUCCAAUUCUUAUGAAGUCAGAUUAUCUACCAACUUAUCAUUUCGCGAAUGUUGUUGAUGACCACUUAAUGAAAAUUACCCAUGUAAUUAGAGGAGAGGAAUGGCUACCAUCAACACCGAAGCAUAUUGCCCUAUACGAAGCAUUUGGGUGGACACCACCUCACUACGUUCAUAUUCCACUAUUGACGUCUACUAGCGACAAAAAAUUGAGCAAGAGAAAAGGCGAUGCGGAUGUCAGAACAAUGCGUGCUAAGGGCAUCUUGCCUGAGGCUUUGAUUAACUUUAGUGCUCUCUUUGGAUGGGCACCUCCAAGAGAACUAGCUGCUGCUAAUCAUGAAUGUUUUGAGCUCAAAGAAUUAGUUAAAAUUUUUGAUUUAAACCAUCUUACGAAGGGAAAUGCUAAGGUUGAUGACAAGAAGUUGUAUUAUUUCAAUAAGCAUUACCUUUCUAAAAGAUUGAAGAAUCCCGUGGACUUUGAAGAACAAUUGCAAAUUGCUUAUGACUACAUGAAGCCAAACUACCAUGAUUUGGAUAUAGAACAAUUGCGGAAAGCCUUGAACUCUAUAGGAGGAUACUUGACUACAAUUUAUGACAUAGAUUCGGAGUUCUACUAUCUCUUCAAGGACCCACAGUACGAAAACGAAAAUGCUUUAAAUUUCCUAAAAUCUCAUGAUACCGCCCAGGUUCACAAAGUUCUUGCUUUUAUGAAUGGAAAGAUCGAAGAAUCUAACAUAUCAGAGCUCAUAAAAAUAACAGAAGCUGAGCUAUCGGUUCCUAAGAAAGUUAUCUUUGAAAGUGUCAGAUUUGCUCUUGCAGGUUCCAUUCCUGGAGUCAAACUCCCAGUCCUGGUGCAGAUAAUAACCCCUAAUGAGUCUAAUAGAAGGUUAGAGUAUGCGCUACACCAGCUGCCCUGA